CUUUCAGAAUAAAGUCGUUUUUUACAAGUGGAGUUAAGUUGAGUGUCUCUUCAGAUAUUUCCAAUUGUCAAUAUGUUCUCAGAUAUUAAGAAUUCUCCAGUUUUCUUCCAAAGAGUGAGAUACAGCAUUACAAAGCAAGAAGACACAGCAGAGUGGGAGAAGAAGAAGGUUUAUAUCUACAACUACAUAAAUGAUGGGAUGGAUGGUUUUCAGUCAGAAGAAGGAGAUCAACAGGUGCACAGUCCACCUGCAGCCAACAAAAGUCCUGCCCGAAGUGCUAAACUGUGCAAAAUGAUGCUGUGGAUUUUGAUGUUAGGUGUGAUCAUCACCAUGGCCAUAUAUUUCCCUUUAGAAAUCAUCAAAAUGAAGGAGAGCAUCAGCCACCUACAGGCUGAGCUUUUAGGUAAGACACAUUUCAUCCUCAACUAUAUUAUAACACACCCAGAGCACCUGAAUAUUUUUCUAUACCUUCUCUUACCAACAUAUUAAAGUUUUUCCUCACACAUAGCAGCUAACAACUCUCAGCUAAAAGCUAAACUAUUCGGUAAGAUAAAUCACAACUGUAAAGACGAACAUGUCUAUCCUUUG